GUCCCACCUUAUGUCAAAAUCAAAAUAUUUCUUGGUGUGUUGCUCGUUCUUUAAGAGAAUUUCGAUUUCUUUGAAAAUUAUUAGAAUAGAAAUGGACAUCAAACUAGAAAGUAAUUCUAGUAGCAACCACAGCCAGACGACAUACGGUCAGUCUCAAUGGCUGUUCGAAGAGACACUCACAAUGAUCGACUUUGUCAAAUCGAAUGCUUUUCUAUACGAUAGAAAGGACGCCGACUACAACAAAAAUCAAAAGAAAAACGCUGCAUGGGAAAAGAUCUCUGAAAUUCUGCAAAAUAAAUCACCAAAAGAAUGCAAACGAAAAUGGUCCACCCUACGGAUACAACAGCGACGAAUUCUCCUACAAAAUAUCGCUAGAAAGCGAAAAAGCGUCCACUGGCAAUUUUAUGAACCGCUACAGUUCGUCAUUCCGCACAUGGAAGUGAGCACUAACAACGACAGUACGAGAAGUAACUGCUCCGAGGACAGUGAUGAAGUCGACGAAACCGAGUCAACCACUUACAUGGAAAGUGAUAGCAAAAAUUUCACUUUGUGCAGGAUAAUGGAUGCAUCGAAUGCUGAAACAACGAACCAUUCAAUUCAUGGUAGCAAUCAAGUAAUACUUUCAUAUCCAGCGCACGACCAACAGCAACAUUUGAUCACGUCCGACCAAAGUGAGCCCAGCAAGACCAUAGUGGUCAGUAAGGCAGACACCAUUUCGCAUUCGCAUGAAAAUCAAUGUCACGCACAUCAUAGGGGCGACAGUAAUUUCAUUUCGUUGAAUUACUUUCUGAUGGACGUGCAGCUGCAGAUGAGUAAAUUGAAUGAACUUGCUCAGAUGGAAUUGAAGAUUGAUAUACAGAAGAUGAUUUUGGAGAAGCUGAGGAAGCCGGAAAAUUUGAAAAGUGAUUGAAUGGAGCGGAGCGGAUACAUUUUUUGAAUUGAACAAAUCUAGAUCAAUGAGAAACCUCAGAAGAUUCUUCUCGUUGAGUGGUCACAAAAAGAAACUAAGAAUAAAAAUGUUAUAGAAAUUUGGA